ACGUGUUGGAUGUCCGCGUCUCUUGCGACAUCGAGGCAAACCGCAUGACCGUCGACAUGCAGUUUAAGGACGACUUCAGCGGAGUGCUGUACAGUAAAGGUUACUACAAGAGCGACAUAUGCCGGGUGUCGGCGACAGGGGGCACGCGCCACCGCAUCGUCUUCCCGCUUGACCUCUGCGGGACAGAAGUCAUCAAGACGGGUGGCAAUUUCCAAGGUAACGUCUUCUAUAACAACACUGUCGUCGUGAUGAACGAGGCUGCGUGGGGAGUGCUAGAGGUGAACGAUAGAGCCUUCUCCGUGUCCUGCCUCUGGACAGGAUCAGCGGCUAAAACAGUGGACUACGGCCUACUCGUACCACUCAUGGAGACGUAUCAGAACGUCGACCCCGGUGUCAUCGAGGUGCCGAAUUGCUGGCUUCGCAUCAUUCCUGGUGUCGAUCCAUUCGGUGGGGAUGCGAGGGUGCUGCAGCUGGGGGAAACUGCCACCAUGGUUGUUAGCAUACGCAACCAACAAGAGGUUUUCGACAUCUUUGUCAGUAACUGUUACGGACACGACGGGCAGGGCCUGUCUAAGAUCCAGCUGUUAAACGAGGGCGGCUGUCCUACCAACACGAAAUUCAUCAAGCCACCCGCGUACGACCGCAGCACGCGACCCGGGGAAACCCACAUGUACGCUCACUUCAAAGUCUUCAAGUUUCCCGAUGCCGACGACGUUUACCUGCAGUGUCAAUGCCUCGUCUGCUACGACCGCUGCCACAGACCCCAGUGUGAUGGCUCUGGCUCCCCACCACGAGUGAAGCGACAAGCCACCAGUGAGGAGGAGGAAGAGGAGGAGGCUGAGACGCCGGGAGAGUUAGAAGAGGUGAAAGUGUUCCAGAAGUUUAAAGUCAAAAUACCGGACGAUAACGACAUUGCAGUGAAGAAAGAAGUGCCGGCAGCAGGAAGUGCCAAGAGGAACUUCAUCUCAGGAUAUCGGCCGGAGAACUGCGUUCCAAAGGAGGUCUUCAUAGCUGUCCUCGUCGCUAUCAUGGGCAUUCUCAUACUAGCCAUCACGAUAGCUGUGUGUCUCUACAUGAAGCUACAGCGCGUCACGUUGAUAUGUGAGAAACAAACACGCCACGGAGUACCGGAAAUGAUUGUACCGACCUACGUGCUGACGCAGCUAGGUGGCGACGGGCAGUGCCCGUUGACCGUGGACUACGUCGCGCAGCCCUCGCUGCAGCAGCGAGCGAUGGAGUCUGCGCAUGCGCACGCGGAUAAAAGCGUAAUCUGCGACGGUGUGAAUUUUUCUCGCGACGACGAUGAAGAAGAGACAGCCGUACAGGCGCAAAGUAACUAAUAAAUAAAUAAAUAAAUAAAUAAAUAAUAUGUAAUAAUUGAUGAAAGCGACGACAAAUUACGCGUGUAUAGUAACUGUACAGUGUAACGAAUAAUAGCUGAAGUGUUCGGCUAUAUAGAUAUAGAUGAUGUCAGUUUAACGCGCGCACACACAUUUUGGCCUAU